CACCCACCCACCACCCACCACGACCCUCCAAAUAGAACACGAGAAGCUGCUUCUUCCGAAGCACCCGUCGCCUCCGCUACCACCUGUCGUAAAGUCGAGGCGAAUUCUCGUAAUGUCAGAGUCCGACACAAAACCUGCGUCCGAGGACCCUGACACGGAUGCUGUUGUCAGGGAGUUUAUCGAUUACACCGAGUACCUCCCGAGCGACAUCAGCCGCUGUCUCUGGCGCAUCCGCGACCUUCACCGGCGCCGCGAAGCAGCACGCACAGAGCUGGAUGGGUACCUCAGGGAGUUCGCCCACCUCUCGGCUGCGCGUAGGCGAUCUGCGAUUCGGCCGGCCGCGGGCGGUCAGUUGUCGAAUGGCGUCAACGGUUUGCGCGCGAUGGAAUCGGCGUCGGCUAGCGACAAGGAGAUGGAGAUUCGCUACCUGAUCACGCAGCGCUGGAACGACUUCAUGCGUGCGGCGCGGGAGGCUACGGUGGAGGCCCAACGAUUGCUGGAACACGUCGAACUUCACCACUCGCGUAUCGUAGCGAUCCACGGCAAGCUUGGUACGAUCACUAUUCCGUCCAGAGAUCCAACGCCGGAAGAGAAGAGGCCACCGAAACAGAAACCCGAGCACCCGUACCCGCCGCGAAUAAACCUGCGUGUCAAUCAAAAGAUUGAUUCCUCCUCGCCACAACGAACACCACAGUCCACUCCUCGCGGCCGCGGACGACCCCGGCUGGGAGCAACCCCACACAGCCGUCCUCCCCCGUCGCGGCGACCACUAAAGAAGCCCGUGACUCCAGCAGCCGAACUGGGGGGGGAUGACGAGACAGACAUUGAGGACGACGAAGGCGGAUGGGAGGAUCUACCUGAAACUCCGGCUCUCCAUAACGCGGCUAGAACGAGCAAGAAAAAGAAAGGAUUCGCCAUCAAACGGGCGCCAAAGCUCCCGAACGCCGAUCCCUUGCUUUCCGGAGGUGCGCCAGCUCGAAAUCCAGACGGCACCGUCAUCCCGAACGCUCAGUUACCAUGGAACCAACUCACUAACGAGGAGCUGGCUCGGCUGAGGAAGCGGAUGAAGAAGAACGCCGGAUGGACUCCCUCGGUAACGAUGAUUGUCCGUGAGCUCGAAGCUUUGGACAGAGGUCCCAACAACAAGGACAACUUCAAGGACCAGUGGGAGGGAAAGCCGGAGGUCUUCAUCGGUCCGGAGGAUGGUGGCAUCGGCGACCCACAGAAAAUCCUUCCUGACGAUGGUGACGGUGCUCGCGAAAAUAAGGGAAUGCGUCUUAAUAGGGCCAAGAAACGCAAGCGAGAAGAGGAAAAGAAGGAGCGCGCACGUGAAGCCGAACGCUCAGGCUUGGAUCCCGUCGAAGUUGAGAAGAAGCUCCAAGAGGAAGAACAGGAGCGCCAGCGCAAAGAACAGCAAGCAAAGCGUCGGAAGAAGAAGGAAGAAGAGGAAGCCGCUAAACUAGCCAAGGAGAGGUUGGAGCGAGAGGCGGAGGAGAAGGCUGCAGCUGAGGCUGAGGCCGAAGCGGAGGCUGAGGCAGAGGCCGAAGCUAAAGCUAAAGCGGAGGCGGAAGCCAAGGCAAAAGCUAAAGCUAAAGCUGCUGCUGCUGCUGCCGCCAAAGAAAAGGCCGACAAGGAGCGUCAGGAGAAGCUUGAAAAAGAGAGAGUUGCUAAGGAAAAGGCGGCGAAGGAGAAAGCCGAAGCCGAAGCCGAAGCCGAAGCCGCGAAAGCUGCUGCCGAGGCUGCAGAGGCUGCCAAGCGACAGAAAUCGUUAGAAUCCGACGACGAACUCUCAGACGUCCCCGAUAUCGACGAACCAUCAGAUGCUAUCACUGCUACUUCUACCAGUAAUGUUAACAGCAGCAUCAAUGGUGAGGCACCGUCCAAACCUCCAAACCGUACCAGCAAGAGGCACUCAACAAGGCCGCCAUCUAGACCGCCCGGCACCUCAGUCCCUCCUCCCCAACGCCCAAAACGCAGCUCAGUUGUUUCCGCCACAUCUCCGCCCCCACUUGUAGUGUCUAGCUCCCACAAACGUUCCAACUCUGGUACUCCCGUAAGUUCUGGUAGAGUGACCGGUGGAAAGAAGCCCGCCGAGAAACGUCCCGGCACUGGUGUACGAAGAAAGAAGCAUGGCGGAGAGACAGAGAGUGGUAGAGAUACUGCCGACGCCGAUGACAAGGGCGAAGAUCUCAACCCAUACUGCGUGUGCGACAAGGUCAGCGACGGAACCAUGAUAGCUUGCGAUAAUGGCAAUUGUCCCAAGGAGUGGUUCCACCUUGCUUGUGUCGGGGUCAGCCCAGGAACUGAUUUUAGAAACAUCAAGUGGUUCUGUCCCCUCUGCAAAGACAACAUGCAGGGCCGAAGGGCGAACAAGAAGAGACGUAGGAAUUAGACUUGCGCAUUUAAUUGAACGCACAUGUCCAGGUACUUCACAUGUCAGGGUUUUUUCUUUCUGAUUUCUCUUUUUCCUUUCUUCAUCUCCUAUUGCUUCGUCUUUCUCAUCCUUACCUGGGGGCUGAGCUGUAUUUCUACGUCAAUUGGUUUCCUUGAUAAUCUGCUUUUUGCUGGGUGUUACGGAGCGACGGCUAUGAUUUUUUGUCUAUUGUUUGUUUUCCUCUUCUUUUUUUCCUUUCGAGUGAGGAUGGAGUUCGGAUUGCCUGGGCAAUGAGCACUUCUCUCUCACGGAUGUCUGUAGGAGUAACUACUGCUGGAAGAAAGGCCGAAUGCUAUUCGGCAGCAAUAUACCCUAGAUUCCCAUUGGUCACUUAACGCGGUGAUCACGUGAGG